ACAUCGAAUUCUAUGUUAACCUAACCCUGAUUUUAAUGAAACUACCUACACCUAUUCUAGUAUUUGUAGUAAUCUGUGUGACGCGUAUAAAUAAAUAUCUGUUUAAAAAUAUAAAAAAGCAAUAUGGUCGAAUUUGGCCCAUGUCGCGUUUUGUUUGGAUAAUUAUGAUAUUGUCCAACCUAUACCAGAAUUUGCGUAACUUUUACACACUUUUUUAAAUAAAUCUAGUGAUGAUUUCCGUGGUUGGCCGUGGUAAAAGAAGAAAAGCGUACCGAAAUUCUUGAAGUGAAGAUCAAUGUUAUAAUAUUUUAAGGUCUUCAGAUAAUGAAUUCUGUCCAAAGCUUCAACUGUAUUUUCUGUAAAGAAACUUUUGAUAACAAAGAAGAUUUGCAAAUCCAUUUCAGAAAACAUGGUGAUCCAAGUUUUAAUAAAAGUAAUACUAAGAAGCGGUGUACGAAUGAGACAGAAGAGGCUAAUCCAAAGCCAAACAUCAAUACAGAGUUGGUCGGAUGUGAUGUCUGUUCAGAAGUUUUUCCAACAAUAUCAAGAGCUAUAACUCACAAACAUAAAGUUCACCCAGAUCACGAUGCGAAGUAUUUCUGUCCCUGGUGCGGAAAACUUUUCACAUUGAAGCAUUUGUACAACAAGCAUUUGCAGUCUAACCAUGAUGAACUUGAUAGGACGGUUGAAAAGCUGUUUCACUGUGAUACCUGCAAUAUUGACUUCAACAUACCAUCUGCAAUGCUUUAUCACAAUAAGUUCUUUCAUAGACAAGACACUGAUAUACCAGAACUUGGACAAUCAACAAAAUUAAGAGCAUAUAGUCAGAUAUCAAUUCCAAUUUACUAUUGUGCAUUUUGUGGAGAAGAAUACGAAAAUAAGGUCAAUUUACAUAAACACAUAAUUGAUGAGCAUGGUGAUGAAAACCAAAGUCCACAGGAUGUAAUGCGCUGUCCCCUCUGCCAAGCCAUAUUCUUUCACUUAGAUGCAUAUGAAUUGCAUUUAACUUUUCAUUCAUCGGAUGACUUGUAUGGUGGAAAAAAUGAAAUAACAUUCAAUUUGUCAGACUACUCAUUGGAUACAGUACCACCUGUGAUGGAAAAAGUGGAGGAUUGUCAGGCAAUUCAAGCUGCUGAAACCACUGUGGAAGAAAUAGACAUAAAUAACCUGCUUGAGCUCGCCAUGGAAGAAUCAAAUGAUCAAUCGCCGAAGAAAAGUAAAAAACAUAAAAAGCACAAAAAAUCCAAAAGAUCUGCAAUUACCCUGGAUGAGUUCCUGAACAUGAACAAAGAUGUUUUUGGGGAGGGCAUCGAUAUCCAAGGAGUUGAAGAAGUACCCACGAGGGCAAUAACAAAAAGGCUUAAAGUCCUUAAUAAACCUACAUCUGCUCGAAGUCCUGAAUUAGAAAAACUAAAGAAGCAAGGAAUAGUUGUUAAAAAAAAGCCUAAUAAAAAUAUUAAUAUAGCCCAUAAUUUCAAAGUUUCUGACCCAAUGUUAUCAUCUCCAAAAAAUACAACACUGAACCCAAUCAGAACUAUACCCCAGUCAAGUCCAAAGCUUCAUUCAUCUGAAGAAGUACUUUCGAAGCUCAUCAAUCAAAAAAAUAAUCAACUCAAAAUUGUGAAGAAAUCUUGCCAAGAAAAUCCCGGAGAUAAGCCCAUGACACAAGCUAUUGAUAAGAUCUCCGAAAAUAAAUCGAAUUUAUUAGAAAACGUGAGAAUGGAAUGUGAUUCUACAAAAGCAGAAUGUGGACUUUUGCAUGAGUCUGAAAAUCACGAUGAUAUUGAAAACAAUUUGCAAACUUGUGAAGAAGAUCACCAGUCACAACUAGAUAACUUAGAAAUGAAUGCAUCUACAGAAUCAAAAGUAAACCCGAUUAAAGAACCUAUUACUUCACUCGUGGCUUACAACAAUGUUGAAGUAAACGAAGAAGAUGAUUUCAGCACACAAAAUAGUUGCGAUAAUUUGGAUAAUUUUGAAAAUUAUAUUCAGGAUCAGAAAAUAACAGAUUCUACAGACUUAUUAGAAAACAAAAACCAUUCAAAUAGGGCCGAGGAGGUAAAAAUUAGUUCACUAAAGGUAAACAACGUCAUGUCCAAUGAAGUAAUAACAGCUGUUGGCACCAAAAGUGUGAUGAGUAAUAAAGAACGUGACGACUCCGCUAAACAACUUGAAAAUAGCUCCGAGAAUUCUUUGGAUGCCUUAAAACAUCUAAGUCAUCUUACAGUGAAAGCGGUUAACAAUAGCAAAGAAAAUGAAUCAAAUAUUAACAAAGCUCUCAACGAUGACAUUGUUAAAACUUCGCAAGUCCAGAAUUCAAAAUCCGAAGAGCAUGGUAAAAAUAAACUUACAAAACAGGUUAACAGCUAUCCUAGCAACUCUUUAGAAGCCAUUAAGCAUUUACCAAGUAUUAAAAUAAAAUCGGAUAAUUGUAACAAGAACAAUGAUUCUGAUGAAGAAAAACCGAAUGCUGAAAAUAAACAAAACAAUUUAAUUGAAGAUGGAGAAGAUCAUCUUGGUGGUCAAACUGAUUUGCUUAAAAAACCUAUUAACUUGCCUCAAAAUAAACCUACACAGAAUAAACGGCAUAUUAUAGGCAAUUUGCAAUUAGGUCACAAUAUAACAAUCAAAUCGCUAACACACUCUAAAAACGAAAACGAUACAGAUAGUGAUUCAGAGUUCAAUAACAGUGAUUUUAGUAAUACAGAAGAUAAUGAUCUUCCAAGCGAAUCGGAGGCUGGUGAAGAACAAUUUAGAAAAAAAAUCCUAAACUUCACAAAUAUUCAAUCUCCUAAAGUCACGGCUAUCACAAAAAAUGAAACUGUAGAAAACAAAACUCCAAUUAAGAUUGCUAAUAAAGCAAGCGAAGGUACUAAUCUACUAAAACAUCUUAAACACAUAACAGCAAAACCAAUAAACCAAGUAAUAAAGGGCACGAUUCCAAAAAUAGUUAAUAGAUCGCCAAAACAUACUCUAGAUAUUAAUAAAACAAUGAAAAAAACAAAUAUUAAAGUUGAAAGAAAUGAAGACAAUAUUGAAGUGUUUAACAUAGAUGAUUCCGAUAGUGAUGAAAUCGAAAAUACAGAAAAAAUUGAAACUAAAACUAUGGAUCAAAAAUCUAUUGAUGCGUUAAAACAUCUGAAUAAAACUGUAACAGUGAAACCUUUAAAAAGUACUGAACCUUCACCCAAAGUUCAUAGUGGAGAUUUCAUCUUACCGGAAGAACCGCCGAAUGUUGUGAUUAAGAAAGAAAGAGACAAAAUCGAUCCUAAACUGGAAGCCAUUAAGAAUACACUGAAGAAUUUAGGAAAUAAUAUAACAGUAAAAUCUAGAAAUACAUCUCCAAGUCAACUACAAGCGCGAAUACAAAACAAAGAAACCCAAGAACAAGCAUAUGAUUCAAACGAUGAUAGUCAUUCAGAUUCUGAUAUUCACCGAGUAAAAAUAACAGAAUUAGAUGAUAACGAACAUGAAAUCAGUAAUGAGGCAAAGAAUGAUAAUACUGACAGCAAUGUCCUAAUCCAGACACCCGACGAUUCUUGUAGCGAGAACGAAUUUGAAAAUUAUGAUGAAUACGACGACAAUGCUGAUAUCGAAGCACAAAUAAAAUCCAGUACAGUUCCUAAAGCUAACGAAACGUGUGACUCUUCAAUAAGUACAAUGGAUUAUGUAAAAAAAAUUGGUAAAGACGUAACAAUAAAAUCUACAGAAAAUAAGAGUGCUAAAUUAGAUGGACCUGGAAAUAAUUCACCAAGUUCGGGUGCAAAAAUUAGUACAACGACAGAAUUUCAAAGACCUAACAUCGUUAAAGGCACACCAAACGUUGGACGUAAAACGAACCAGACUAUGAAACAAGUGACGUCGAGUAACCAAGUUAAUAAAGAAGUUACAGUACAAAGAUAUCAGACGCAUACAAAAACAGUAAUACAAGAAAUAACUACGACCGUUACGAAAACUAUCAAAACUGUCAAUAAAGAAGUCCGGAACGUUCAAUCUAGAAGUACAUUUAUACCGCAAAAAGUAAAGGGAAUGAAUACGAACCCAACGAAAAAUCUAGAAGGUAUCGUAGUGAAGCAAUCCGUACCGAAUCAGAGGAUAAGAAAUACCCCUAUCAGACCAACUUUAAGUAAAACUAUGAAAUUAUCAAAUGAACUUGUUCCUGCAAAUACUCCAGUUCGACCCUCAAAUCAAUUAGUCCCAGUCAGGCCAAAUGUGAGACCGCCUAAUCCGAGAAUGCCAAAUACCGCAAGGCUGAGACCACCAGUGCCCAAUGUACAAAGCCCCAGAUUUGGGAAACCUUUGAAAGUUUCGCCUGGAGCUAUAAUUAAUCCAAAAAGACCGAAUUCAGAGGACGGUCCUUUUAGUUGUUUUAAAAAACCCAAAGAGUCUCUUUUACCUAUUCCCGAAUCAUCAAAUUUGGGUCCGAACGACGAUGGGCACGUUGAGUUCGCAUCCUCUUCACAAACUAGUAAAAACUUUAUGAGCGCAACUAAAUCUAUCAAAGGAAAUUCUAUGGUUUCUUGCGUGCAGAUGAAAUCGGAAACGAGUGCCAGCUCUUAUCAAUUAAAUAAAUUGAGCAACAUGUCAGGACUUAAAGUAACGAAAAUGACCCAAAAUAAACAAUCACCGGAAGAACAAAGCCAGGCGAAUGCAUCCAAACGAACUAUUGACGCAAUACAGAAACUGCAGAUGCAAGGUCUUUUAGUGAAAAAACCUCGAUUAGAUAGUGAAACUCGAUCGAAUGAAGAUAGUGAGAACUCUGAUGCGGGAGCUGAUGAGAAUGUCGACUACAGUUCACCGGCUGAAUAAUUAGGUCAUUAAUUCACAUUGUCAUAAACGUGCAGACUGAUUUAGAUUAACUCCAGCGUGAUUUCAAAAAAGAUGCCAGAUGCAUUAUGAAGUUAGAAAUUUUCCAAAACAUCAAUAUAUUGUAAAUAUUUAAUAUUUAUUGAUAGGUGAAAUGAAUGUGGUUGUAAUAUUGUAAAGUGAAUACACUGUAAUGUCUUUUUGUGUUGAUGUAUAUUGUGACGUGAAGAAUGUUUCGCAUGUACUAUGUUCACUGUAUAUAAUAAAUACAAACGUGGCCAUUGCGAAUGGUGUCAGUCCUAUGCGACCAUAGACGAUUUACUACUUUAAUAAAAAGUUAUAAGAACAUAA